GGAGCAUGAUUUUGCUGAAAUCAACCACAAAAGUCUAGUCUUCAAUCGGAUUCCUAAGAUUGCAUGUAUGAAAAGAGCAUCCCUAUUUUGUACUAACGCUACUUUCUGAAAUAACUCACCCAACACUUUGCGAGUAGUUUAUAACUUUAUAUGUAUAUAUACUAUCGCAUGUAAUAUUAUGUAUAUAUAUUAAAAUAAUAAAUCACAUAAUCAUUGAAAUCCUCACGCAUAAGAACAUCAUAUGGUCAUCUCUUGUUGGAAUUAAUAUAAAAUUACUAUGUACAAUUAUUUUUUGUCACAUUUUUUGUGUACUACGUGGCUUUUGUAUUUAGAAGGAAAGAUGUAGAUCUUAUUUCCUUUCCUUUUUCUCCUCCAAGAAGCUCGCUGUCAUCAUGUAACGUACGCACGUAUAUGUAAUGUAACAUGUAUAUAUGUUGACCGCAUGAUUCAUUCUUAUCAUGCGAAUGAAUACACAAAUUUCCUUCCUUGUUCGGUGCUAACUUACAUGGUAUCAGAGCAGUAAAGUGUUCUGGGAAAUAUUACGUGACUUAACGGAAACGACGACGACGCAACGAUGGCCGGUGAACUAGUUGUACGCCGGAAAAUCAACGACCCUACUUCGCCCUACUAUCUGUCGAACUCAGACUAUCCCGGGCAGAAUAUUUGUGGGAUAGUGUUGAAAGGCGAGAGCAAUUAUAGAGAAUGGGCAACGUCUAUGAAAAAUGCUUUUUGUGCGAAACGAAAAUUGGCGUUUCUCGACGGAACUCUGAAGCGACCCGAGAACGAUGAAAAGGACCUUGAAGAUUGGCUGACAGUCCAUUCCAUGGUCGUGGGAUGGAUCAUGAAAACGGUAGACCAGCAGCCUUUGCAAACUAAUUUAGUUUAUAUGGAAAGUGCUUGUGAUCUAUGGAACGAUUUGGAGCAGCGGUUUGCCGUAGGAGAUGCGAUGUGAACACAUGAGUUGAAGGAGCUGAUCCGGAAUUGCCGCCAGAAUGGACAAAUGGACAAUCCAUCACCACUUAUUUUGGGCGAUUGAAAGCCUACUGGGACGACUAUGAUGAAUUCCGAAAUAUUCCCCAAUGUGCGUGCGGUGCUUGUACGUGCAAUCUCAAAAAAUUGUUUCUCAAGCACGUGAAGACGGAAAAGAUUAAGUGGUUAUAUAAUGUAAUUUGACAGUUUCGCAACAUACUAUCGUAUUACAUAUACA